UAAGUUAUAAACUUAAGGUUAAAAAUAUGCUUUCGCCUUUAAUUUUUGUGUACUUUUUUAUAUUUAUUGUCUCUGUAUCUGCUAAAUCUCAUUGUGUUGAUCAUCUAGCAGAUUCACAAUAUUUAUCAGAUAUAUCAAAGGAGUGCUAUAGAUCAGUUAUUAAGACUUCAUCUUGUCGUGGGAUUUAUGAUAUAAAAUGUAUAUGUUCUUCAGAAAACUAUAAAUUGGAUAUUUUUUCAUGUAUUCUUGAAAAAAAUAGAAUAGAUGGUUAUAACAUGGCCGUAUUUUUUCAAGAAACGUGUAAAGAUCUUAAGAAUAUUUCGAAAGAUUGUCUUGAAAAAAAAAAAAAGCCUGUUCCUGAGAAAACAUUAUCAGUUGCUGAGCAAAACGUAGUUUUUGAUCCUUUUCUAAGUAUAGAUGAUUUUAUGGCUCAAGUAAGACAAGAAAUGGAAAAAGAUAUGGCACAAAAAUGUAUUGAACAAGGGAAUUGCAAAGGUCGUUUUGAUUCUACAUGUUCUAUUCUCUAUAUGUUUAGUACUCCGCAAGGAUCUGCGACAAAAACCGCUUCAGUAAAGGCAUCGCAAACUGAUGGAUCAGUUUUACUUAAUUUUGCUUCAACCGAUUUAGGUUUAUUUAGUAGUUUUUCAAAUUUAAUCAAAUUAUUUAUUGCUGUGAUUUCAUUAAUGUUUCUUUCUAUAGUUUUUUAA